GGGGUUCGGAUGAGCCCGCUGGGCUCUUCCCCAUCGCCGCCUGGCAGGGCCCCGCCCAGCCCACAGGUUGUGACCGGGCCUGCAGCGUCGCAGAUGGACCCGGCGCAGAGUCUGGUGACCUUUGAGGAUGUGGCCGUGCACUUUUCCAAGGAGGAGUGGGGGCUCCUUGAUGCAGCCCAAAGGCAGCUGUACCACAGUGUGAUGCUGGAGAACUUGGAGCUCAUGACCUCACUUGGUUGUUGGCAUGGAGUGGAAGAUGAGGAGGUAUGUUCCAAGCAGGAUGCUUCUGUAGAUGUGGUGUCACAGGUCAGGAUUUUCAGUGCACAUCCUUCCACCCAGAAGGCUGACAGUUGUGACAUGUGUGACCCAUUCUUGAAAGACAUUUUGCACCUGGAUGUACAUCAAGGAACACAUGCUGAGGAGACUCCCUACACAUGUGUAGCAUGUGGCAGAGAGUUUUGGGUUGGUGCAAACCUUCACCAGCAUCAGAAGGAGUGCAGUGGAGAAAAGCCCUUCAAAUGGGACAAGGAUAGGGACUUGUUUGUGCAGAGCUCAAUAGUCUGUCUAUCAGAGAAGCCCUUUACAUGUGGGUUAGGUGGUAAGGAUGUCUCGGACAGCCAUGACCUCCUCCAGCACCCAAACACAGAUGGCAGUGGGAAGCCACACAGCAGCACAAAGUGCAGGGAGGCCUUACCACACCCUUCCAGUCUUGGGCAGGUCCCAGAAGUCCAUGCCUCACAGAAGCCCCUCAAGUGCAGUGACUGUGGAAAAGCCUUCCAGAAGAGUUCUGUCCUCCUCAACCACCUGAGAACUCACUCUGAAGAGAUACCAUUUAGAUGCCUAAGAGUUGAAAAUUCCUUAGAGGAGAAAUUAACUCUUGUUAAUGACCAAAAGUUUCACACUGGAGAAACAUCUCACGUAUGUAAGGAGUGUGGCAAGGCCUUUAGUCAUCCGUCUAAGCUGAGGAAGCACCAGAAAUUUCAUACUGGAGUAAAAUACUAUGAGUGCAGUGACUGUGGGAAAACUUUCAGCCACAAACUCACACUUGUUCAUCACCAGAGAAUCCACACAGGAGAAAGGCCUUAUGAAUGCAGUGAAUGUGGGAAAGCCUUCAAUAACAGGUCACACCUCACUCGGCAUGAGAAAGUUCACACUGGAGAAAGACCUUUUGAGUGCAGCAAAUGUGGCAGAGCCUUCAGCCAAAGCUCCAAUUUCCUUCGGCACCAGAAAGUCCACACCCAAGUAAGACCUUAUGAGUGCAAUCAGUGUAGCAAAGCCUUCAGCCGCAGCUCUGCUCUCAUUCAGCACUGGAGGGUUCACACUGGAGAAAGGCCUUAUGAGUGCAGUGAGUGUGGGAGAGCUUUUAACAAUAACUCCAACCUUGCUCAGCAUCAGAAGGUCCACACUGGAGAACGGCCUUUUGAAUGCACUGAAUGUGGAAGAGACUUCAACCAAAGCUCUCACCUCCUGCGACAUCAGAAAGUUCACACCGGAGAACGGCCUUUUGGAUGCAGUGAAUGUGGGAAAGCCUUCAGCAAUAGCUCCACCCUCAUUCAGCACCAGAAAGUACAUACUGGUCAAAGGCCUUAUGAGUGCAGUGAAUGUAGAAAAGCCUUCAGUCGCAACUCCAGCCUGAUUCAGCACUGGAGAAUUCACACUGGCGAAAGGCCUUAUGAGUGCAACGAAUGUGGGAAAGCCUUUGCUCACAGUUCCAGUCUCAUUGAGCACUGGAGAGUUCACACAAGAGAAAGGCCUUAUGAGUGUAGUGAAUGUGGGAAAUUCUUUAGCCAAAACUCCAUUCUUAUUAAACAUCAGAAAGUUCACACUGGAGAAAGGCCUUAUGAGUGCACUGAAUGUGGGAAGUUCUUUAGCCGCAAGUCCAGCCUCAUUUAUCACUGGAGAGUUCACACUGGGGAAAGGCCUUAUGAGUGCAGUGAAUGUGGGAGAGCCUUCAGCAAUAACUCUCACCUGGUUCGUCACCAGGAGUUCACACACAAGAGAGGCCCUAUGAAUGCAGCCAAUGUGGGAAAGCCUUUAGUGAAAGAUCAACACUCGUUCGACACCAGAUGGUUCACACCAGAGAAAGGACUUAUGAGUGUGGCCACUGUGGGAAAAUCUUCAGCCGCCUCUGCAACCUUGCUCAGCAUAAGAGGAUUCAUACCUGAGUGGAGCCUUGUAGAAAUGAUCUUCGUGAGAAAAUCUUCAGCUACAUCCAACUUCAUGCAGCAGAAUACCCACAAAGAAAUUACCUAAUGUGUCACUAAUGUGGAAGAGCCUUCAGAAGCUACUCUGCCCUUUUUGAGCAGCUCAGGCAGCACUGUCUCACCUCUGGAGCAUAAACCUCUUUCUAGCUGCCUGGAUCCAAAUAUUUGCAGCAGUCACCUACAUAUACAUGGAGAGAACACCUCCCUUUGCCUCCCUUCUCCUUUCCUGGAGGGUGUUGGGAUUGUCCUAGGCUCACUGGAAUGGCUUCAUUCCCAUUGCCUCUGAGAGGGUUAAGGAAUGAACUGACCCCAUGCCGGUUGAGAGAUUAAUUAAUCAAGACACAUGACAGUCCUAAAUGUUAAUAUACCUAACAGUGCUUCAAGGUACAUGAAGCAAAAACUGAUAGAACUGCAAGGAGAAAUAGACAAAUCCACAAUUAUAGUUGGAGAUGUCCACAUCCAUCCCAGAUAAUCGGUAAGGACAGAGAAGAUGACAACACUGCCAACCAACUUGACCUAAUUGACAUUUAUAGAACAUUCUGUCCAAUAAAGGCAGAAUACACAUUCUUUUCACAGGCACAUAGAACAUUUACCAAAAUGGAGCAUCUUCUGGGCCACAAAACAAGGCUUGAUAAAUGGAAAAGAA